ACCAGCUCAGCUAACACAAUCCGGAUCGUCUCCACUGCCACCAGUACUGGCGUAACGCUCCGCUGUGACUUGCUCGCGCUCCAGGUCGUUGUAUUUCAGUAGCAGAUUCGGAAAACCGGCCAUGUAGCACGAUCAGUUGGCUGAAGAUCGUGACUACGUGAAACUCGGAGUUGCAACACCGCUUCCCCUCCCUCUCUCCCUUGCGUAGCACACAGGUAUUAGUAUUGUCUGGCAUUUGCAACGACAUGAGAAACCCAAGCAAAGACCAGCUUAGCUAAUCUCGUCGUUUAGGCGGCCAUCGUCCACACUGGCAUAGUCAGUGCAGUCGUGUCUAGGGGAGUUUCUAGUCCUAGCGCGGUCGUUCCGUGCUGGAGUCUGCACCACAGUCAGGAGUCUGCACCACAGUAAGGAGUCUGUGCCGCAGUAAGGAGUCCGUACCGCAGAAAGAGGAGUGAGCGUGUAUCGAAGGUCGGCGGAACUAACUGCCGCAGGGACAUUCGUGCAAGGCGUGGUUGAGACUCACAGUCCGGGACAAGCAUGGCAGAAUGCGGUGCCCUGUACGGAGCUAUCGGCGUGGAGACGGCUCUACUGCUGGCCGCAAUCAUUGUCAUCGCUCUACUCGCCAGGCAAGUGACUCUACUGAAGAGGGCACUGUCGGCGACGUCAGACCCGGAGAAAGACGGCGGUGGGCGCGGGGCUGGCACCACGGCCGCGGUGUACUCAGACCAGGUUACCGAGAUUGGUGAUGGCGAGACGUCUCAACAAGCGAGCCUUUCGGUGAACACCGCCGCCGCAUCAGCUAGUGUUGACCUCGACGAGGAAGUAAACAAAUCUGGCAACCAGAACGAGCGCAAACUACCCAGCACUAGACCUGCUCCGGCAGUCGUACCUCAGCCACCGCAGCGAGCACGCUCGCACAGUGUCGACAACGUCAUCGAGCGGAAGACGUCCGAGUCCGCUUCAGCGCCCGCAGGCAAACGACCAGCCAACGUCAGGAUGGUGAAGUCGUCAGGACGGAGACAGUCCUCGCAUAGUGACCUCACGGUUCAGGGCACACCGCCUGCACUACCCCCUGACCAGCACAACCAAGCCACUCCGGAUCUCCAGCAAUCUUACCAGAACAUGGCGCUGAACUCCACUCGGCCCGUCUCUUGCGAGCUCGCGCCCAGCAGGAAUAUGAGCAGUGGGACGUCGUCUGGCAAGCAACCGGCAGCCAGUCAUAACACUGUUACCAUAACAUCCAGCAUACGGUCUGACGAUUUCAGCAGCCGCCCAGUGCCGGCGCGUGCAUUGCCAUCCAACAGCAUCAGCAGCAGCAGCAGCACUGCGGCGAAUCCGCAGGAGAUGCAGCGCUCGGCCAGCGUGGGGCAAGCUGCAGCUCCUAUCAACUACACCAUGGUGGAGCUCAAGGCAGCGCCGACAACACAGAAGCAGCAGCAGCAGCAGCGGCCCAGCAUGCUGGCGGCUCCACCAUCACAACUGCCCACCCUCUAUACAGAUGUCGUGCUGAAGACUAAGUGAAAGCAGAACGCGGCCUGCUCUUGGCAUCCACUCCACCUACAACACCACCUCGUGUCGUUCAUGAUUGGCUGGCUUCAGACUAGUAGUAGUGCUGGCAACUGAAAUCCGACCCCUGAGCAGUGCGUCCACAUUAUAGCGGUCUCUAUUUCGUAGUUUUACUAUCCCAUGUUGGGUCUUGGCAAUGUGAGCGCACCGCACCGCUCAGGGGGUCGGAUUUCAGUUGCCAGCACUGUAGUAGUGCGGGACAUGCGGCCGCUAAACACCGGAAGAGUCCAGUGAUGGCGGCGACGAUGGUUCAGUGAUGUCACCGUAUGCGUUUGUCGUCCCAUGUACUAGUGGUCAGCUGAUCAGGCGGUUGCCGAUACUGCAGCCAUGACAACCCACUGAUGGGCUGGACCUGGGUACACACAUCGGAAUAUUAUCAUGCGGUCAUUAUUAUUAAACGCAUGAAUCACAUUAAUUUUUUUAGUUUGCCUGGUAGCUGUCUAAACACGAAAAACGUCAGAGUUCGUCAAACAUACAUUGAACACAUUUUUAAAUGAUACAUGUGCGGCCAUCGAUAGAUGUGUGUUUUGCAUUGAUGAUUGGAAUACUGCUGUAGAACAUAUUCCGGGACUAAGACAUAAUCUGACGUAUGCAAACCAAUUCCAAUGACCAAUGUCUGCAUUGAUUAUAGUCUUCACUGCUCUGAUUAAAUGGCAAUGGCGUAAUUAUAAUGCUUGUGACGAUACCUUUCUUGUGAUAACGUUAGAGCAACGUCAGGCAGAAGUGAUGGAGGACUAUCAAAAUCAUAAAGCGAACUAGCAACCCACAGUCUAGCAUGGUAAGAAUGGAACUCGUUAAACACAUCAUCAGGAUUAUAUGGCGUGUUUCCUUUCCAUGCGAGUGUCUGGCAUUCUCAUUCUAUGGCAGUGCUCGCUUCGUUGAAUUUCGCUGCAUUUGAGUAGGGUUCCAGUUUCCUUAUCACAUUCUUCCUUUCACGCAAUUGUUAUCACUACUUGAAUUGUGUUCUACUCCUCCGUAAAUUGCAAAUUGUGUUUUCAUCAGGA